UCAUCAGCUGCCCAGUCCACACACCACCGUCUCACUACACCCGGCGUCUUUUCUUCCCCGCUAUAAAUCUCCUGGUAACCAUGAUUCCCCGAUAAAGAAAGCCCCAUAGCCCCCCGGCCCCUUAUAUUCUCCUCCCCGCUCUCCGAGCCGUUCUGCCAUCCCCUCUUCCUCUCCGAGGCGUCCUCCGCCCUCACCGUCUUUCCCAGCAUCCUCGUCUCCCACCCACUGCCUCCGCCAUGCCCGGUCUUGUCAGCGACGCAACUCGCAUUUGGGAGCUCAACAUCUACUGGGCCUUGCACUCGCAAUGCGGGGUCUGGGAUCCGAAGGGCAAGGGCGUUGACAUCUGGGAGUGUAUCCGACCUCACAACUCCACCCCAGGCACUCAGCCUCCGAACUCAACGUACUGGCGAUACGUCGCGCGUCGAUGACCCCCUAGCAUCGCCGGUCGGACCGGUAGCCCGCGUGCAGGUCCAUCUUCGCUCUCUCCGUCCUCGGUGCUUCCCAAGCCACCCUCGACCACAACAACUCAGACACCGCGUCGUCCGCCCACCACGCACGCCAACAGCUAUCGCCCGCGCUCGUAAGCCGCCCAACGUUGUACAGCCCGUUGAGGCGCAUCCCCAACACGUCCUCGAGGCCCCAGCCUCCGGCGGAUCCCCGGGACACGCCCAGUCUCGCUGCGCAAGGCUGAGCUCGCUCGCAGGACGAUGCGCGAUCCUACCUCCUCUUCCAUCACCAAUCACCCCAUCUUCCGGGGCGUGAUGCUGCGCGACCCGUAGCAACGACCCCGUCUGUCAAGACUCACGAGCGCCAUCAUAUGUUUCGUCAUCUGCCUGCGGAUAUUAUUGCAUCUUUUCUCUCAUCGUUCCCAUCCACUCGCCUUCUCGGUCUCGCCCCCGGU